UUUAAAAACGCCCGUGCGACUUGUUUCUGUUUUAACUAUUCAUGGUUUCAUUAAAGGGACGUGGUAUUUGUACAUUUAAAAUUACUAUGGAUAUUCUGCUUUUCUAACAAAAUUUAUCAGCUAUAUAAAAUAUUAGCAGAAUAUUUGCACGAAAUUUAUUUUUAUUAAACAAUGUCUGCAAAAGAUUAUUACACACCAGUGCGUCCACCUAGGGGUGCUAAAGUAUCCAAAGACACGAGUGGACGUCUUAUGAAUAUAAUUGCGGAGCUGUCUGUUAGCAAGAACAAUGAUGAUAGAAAAAAAAAGAUGCAACAGCUCAAGAAAGACUUUGAAGUCAGUGAUUUCAAAUUAAUUCAACUCAUUGCAGAGCAUAGAGAACAGCUUUCUAUUACUAUGGAAUCCUUUAGUAAAAUUUCGGCCAAAAUAAAUGUGAGUAGAAAAGGUUGUCGUGAUGUAAAAGAAAAGCUAACAGCCAGUAAGAAACUCUUAGAAUGUAAACGAGAUGAAAUUAGGAGACUUUGGUCUGAGUCUGUAGAACAUAAAGAAGUUAUUAGUAUGUUGAAAGAAAUUGAAGAUUUAAAGAAAGUGAGAGAGAAGGUUGAUGAUCACUUAGCAAAGAAAAAUUUUUAUGAAGCAACUGAAUUGUUGGUUUCUUCAACAUCUUUGUUAAAAGGGAAAUUAGCAUCAGUUGAUGCUCUUAAAGAUCUUAAAGCAGAGCUAAAUAUAUUAAAAGAGACGUUACAUGAAGGAUUAGUUGAAAAGCUUCACAAGCAUUUAUAUAUGUCUCCUUCAGGUGUAUUUUUAAGAAAAAGCAAUGAUGGAGUGAAUAAAAAGAGCUAUGAAGAGAUAUUUAGCAACAGAUAUUAUUCAGCCAAUGUUAAACUUCCUGUGGUUGGAGAAAGUCAUGAUUUUAGGCAAGACACCAAUUAUCAACACAUAGCUGUAAUUCUGGGAUGUGUUACCCAGUUGAAUCGACUACCAGAAACUGUAGAAAUAAUGAAGGACAGAUGUCAAAAAGAACUAAUGGCUAUUAUUAGACAUUCAUCAGAAUUGAUGUAUGAUACAUUGCAAAAUUCAUCAUAUCCUUGCACAAACCAGCCUUUUUUCUCAGGAUCACAAUAUAAAGGAGAGCAACAAUUCCUUCUUGAUUUAUUGGAAGCAAUACUUUAUCAGUUCAGAUAUGUAGCUAUAAAUCAUGAAAGAUUCUUAGAUAACUUGAAACAAAUUAUUACAUCAAAAGAAGGUUUUUCAGACAUUGCUUUUGAAAUGGCUGAUGUUUCUCUAAGCUCCAAGCUGCAGUAUGUUGAAAUAUUUGUAAGUGAUUAUUUAGAUCUUCAUAAUACAGCGGCUACACAACGAGCUGCUGCUGCAUUUGCUAAAGUUCCAACUGUUACAACAGAUAUAUCUAGUUUCUUUUUAAGAAAAGGUGUAACUAGGUCUAAAAAACAUGCCCUAUUCAGAUUUGACAGUUCUUCUCAUGCUAUAAAUAUGAAAUCGUAUUUGCAAGAACAGAAAGAUUCCAUGAAAGAAAAGAAUUCGGGGCUCGAUUCUCUUGACAGAGAUCCCAGCAGUCUUGAUCACUCACUUUUGAUCUGCCAACCAACAGCUAAAAAUAUCACAUUACUUUUUAAAUGUUUGAAGCAAUUCAUCUCUGAAAUUGAGUCUGGUCUUGGUAUGGAUAUGGGGACUCAUUGCCCAUUGCAUACAUUUCUUAUGGAUUGUGUUAAAGUAUUUUUGGAUGAAGUUAAUAUAGAAAUAAAUCAUCUCAUUGAAAGAAUCACCUGUAGUCUUGAAACAUGGAAAGCAACCUCUGAAAUAGAUGUAUUAAAAGCAGCUGAUGCAAAAACUCCAAUUCUUAAUAGUACCUUAACAUUGAAUUCUAGCUUAAAACAAAUGGAGCAACUCAUUUAUUCUUUAUCAGACUAUUCCAGCCAUUUUUUUCAAUUAGUCUGUAAUAUAUUACAGACAUAUAAAGAACUUUGCCAAACAGCAUACAAAGAACCUGAUAAAUUUAAUGAUGAAGGGGAUGGCACUACAGUUGGAAUAAGCACAAACACAAAAUCAUUAUUAAAAAAAUUUGCAAAAGAUUAUGAAGAUCUUGCUGAUACUUGCCUUCUUGUGUUGCAUUUAGAAGUUCGUGCUCACUGCUUUUAUUAUCUUUUACCACUAUCUAAACAAGGGUCGUAUGUUAAUCGCAAAGACAUUCAAGAACCAGAGCCUGAAGUUGUGAGAUUCAAUUCAGACAUAGCAAAGAUUGAUGAAACCUUGACACCAGUGUUACAGCCUAAAAAGAUUAAGUACAUUUUUGAGGGAUUAGGAGAGCUGUUAUCCACAAUAUUAAUCAACUGUGUAUCCAACAUAAAGAAAAUCAAUGAAAACGGAGUUUAAAAAAAUGUUUGCCGAAAUAUCUUUGCUAUACAGCAAAAUUUAGCUGGAAUAACUAUGACAAGAGAAGUAGCUCUAGACAGAGCUCGACAAUACUUUGAUCUUCUAAAUCACAGCUUUGAGGAUAUUUUAAAUCAAAUAGUUGAAGAAGGGCCUCAAUUUCAAGAACAUGAAUAUUCUGCUGUUAUUCAGCUGCUACACAAUAGUAGAGAAGGAAUGUAUGAACAGGAACCACUUAACAGUUACCUUGAAAAGUUACGUCAAAUCCUAGAUGAAGUUGCUGUAUCUGUUUAAAGUUUCGAGGACUUAAAUUUAAAACACAUGUGGGACCAUCUAUUUAAUAGUAUUUCUUAUAUGUAUGAGUGUAUGUGAAUAAUAAUGAUUGAAUGCAUCUGAAUGAUAAUGUUAUUGAUAUAUUAAUUUAUUGAUUUAUUUCUCAUAUUCUCUGUAUAUUUUGUUAAGCACUGAUAAUCAAAGGGCAAACAUUUUUAUUUUCUUAUAGUCUAAUUUAGGAUAAUGACAAUGUAUAUUAUCUUUGGUAUUUGUAUUAAACAAAUAUUAAAUUUACAAAACUGUAUUUUUAAUAUAUAUUUUAUGUAAUUUUAUAUAUGAUGGUGUUUAAAUCAUUCACUGUUAUGCUUUGAAUUCACAAUUAAUACUCCAGAAUCUAAUAGAUAUUAUUGAAUUAUUAAAAUGAGGCAUGUUCAUUGUGUCUGAAAUCUGAUUAAGGCAUAUUUAUUUCUCUGCUUUUCUGCAUCUUUGCUCUUUUCAACAUAAAGUAUGCUGCAGGUUAAGUAUGUUAAAAUUUUGAUAACAUAUAUAUGUAUAUAUUAAAAAUAUUGAUAAUUUGUACAUGUAUGCCAUUUAUUGUAUAAUAUAUGUAUAUCAUGUAUUAGUAUUUAAUUUAUAAAUUUGUUAUAUCAAAAGAAAUCAUUCUUGUAACAGAGCGAUAAAAAUAUAUAUGAAUGUAGUAGUUCUGGAAACUAAUUUGUCAAAAUUUUAGAUAUUUGAAUGGAUUUUAAGUUUCAGUGGACCAAUAUAGUUUUCAUAAAAAUCAUAGGUUUUGAAAUUUUUGUGUUCUCUAUAUAAUGUAAUGUCAACCAAGAGCAAAUUUUGAUUGUUCAGUUAUUUUGCAUAGUUUUAUAUAUAUAUAUAUAUAUAUUAAUUUUAUUUUAUUUGCAAUCUUUUCAUAUUUCUAAGAUUUCAUUUUUUAAUUCAUAGAACUAAUUUAUUAUUAAUGCAACUGAAUUUAUAAAAUAAUAAAAUGUUUUACCCUCAGUUUUUAUCAUGAAAUGUCAUAAUUAUGUCUUAAAACUUGGUUUAAAUUAUCAUAUACCAUCAUAUUCCAAUGAGGGUCAGUUUAUUCUUUUUGAUAGAGUAAGAUGAUUAAUUAUGCAAAUUGCUAUAUAAAAGUCAUAAAUAUAUUUUAAGAAAGAUUCAACAUUUAGAUGAAAUAAGGAAUUUUAAUUAAUAAAAAUGAAAAGUCAUACUAAUUAUGCAAGCCAUUCUUGAAACACGGCUGCAAGAUUUAUUUCUUUAAUUACCAAUCAUUUACUAAUUCAGAAGUCAAACAACAAAAAUCAGCGUUAAUUUACAAAAUAUAUUAUAUUGUGUCUAAUUACCAAUCAUUUGCAUUAUAUUGUGUCUUAAUUACCAAUCAUUUGCAUUUAGUUUUGUUUACAAAAUUUUUUCUAUUACUAUGUACAGAGUUUUAUGUAAAUAGGUUCAUUCAGUACUGUGAUUAGUACAAUUUUGAAUUUUUCUUUAAUUUUUUACAUAGUGU